AUGAGGCUGAGGUUGAGGGCGCCACUGUUGUUGCUGGCACCGCUUUGCCUCUUGCUUGGCGUCCACAUCUUCCUCGUCUUCUUUGUCGGUGCGGAGGUGGUGCUGGAAGAAGAUGAGCACGGUGCGUUCCACAUCAACACCACCCAUCCACAGGAGCAGCACAAGCAGCAGCAGCCGGCGGCUGUGUUUGUGAAUGGGGUGAACGUGGCGGAGAUGUUUGAGCUGAUACAAGAACAGCAGAGCAUGUUGCGAGACCUGGAUCGCGUGAACACGAACCAAGCACGGCAGCUGAGCUCCUUGGACCGCCAGCUGUGCGACAUCACACCACCGACCGUGGACACCACAACCAUCACGGGGCUCGGCACCACGUCAACAUUCAAGUGGUCGGAUGGCGUCUUGGCCACAAACGGCCUCAUCUAUUUCAUUCCGUUCAGUGCUUCCUCCAUCGUCAUCCUUGACCCAAGCACCAACGGAGUGGAUGACACGACAAUGGGCGGCUUUCCAACUGACCACUGUGAUGAAGAACGUAGUGCAACAUAG